ACUGAGAAAAAUCGGCGGGAGCCGCUGCUGGACCACCCGCCGGCGCCUGGGCCUUUCCGGAGCGAGCGGCAGACGAGGUGAACUUCAGGUACUAUAUUCAGUUAGAUUAUCAUUUCCAGAAGUAAAUAAUGAUGGCUGAGAACCUAGACAAGUUUCUUGAAGACCACAAAGCCAGGUUGUUACAGGACAAGGCAAAACUUGAAAAUGAUCCCCCAUACAUGGAAAUGCAGAAUAAAAGUGCAGAGAAACUUUCAAAGGCUAGUGAAUUAUUAAUCUCCAUGGCUAAAGAAAACAUCCCACCGAAUAGUCAACAUAUUGAUUUGCAUGACUAUGGCUUAAGCUUGCCUCUGGGGGAGGAUUAUGAACAUAAAAAACACAAACUAAAGGAGGAACUUCGACAGGACUACAGGCAAUACCUUUCACAAGGUAUGUCACAGGCAAAAAAAAAGAAAAGGUAUUUAACAUCUGGUGAAGUUGACCCAUAUACUCAGGGACUUUCUCUUCCUAUUAGCGACAGAAGAUCAGCUAAGGACAGGUUAAGACUUGAAAGAAACAAGGAAUACAAUCAGUAUCUCAGGGAAAAGGAAGAAUGGAAUGAAAGGUUAAGAAGAGUAGGGAAGAAACAAAGAGAGCAUGACACAGAUAAGCAAAAUUUUGCUGUUAGCAGAAUCCAAUCAGAAUUAUAUGCUCCAAAUGUGUCUUUUCAAAAAGAUGAAGACUCCAGAAAGAAAGAUGCUUAUACAUCUACAGAUACCUAUGAUGGGUUAUCAAAUAUAAGAUUAUUGUUAGACCAACAACAUAAACAAGAUAUUGAACCUGGUUCUGGGGAUUUAUUACUGAAUAAAACACUUGAUGAAAAACUGAACAUUUCCAGUCGAAAGCAAGGAAAGCUGGAUGGCAAACCGGAUAACUAUUCCCAAAGACAUCACAAGUAUGAGGAUCAUGAUCCUGAAAUAAAUGAUGAAAUGGAUCCCAGAUUUCGCUAUGAAAGUGACUAUGACAAAAAACCAUUGCGGGUCUUUCAUGCCCAAAGAAGUCAAGGAUAUUCCCCUAUUGAGCAAGUACAGACUGCUGUUCCAUAUGCCACAGGACUAAUACUUGGAAGUCAAGACAGAGAAAAUGUUCAGAAAAGAAAAGAACAAUACAGGCAAGAUUUAAUAGAGCAAAUGGCUGAGCAGCAAAGAAAUAAGAGACGUGAAAAGGAGCUUGAACUCUCUGUUGCUGCAUCGGGAGUUGUAGACCCUGAGAAAAACUUUCAGAAUAUGUAUAUUAUAUUUUGCUAUACAUCUGAGAUUUACAUUUUGGAUAUCUUUGCUAUUUUAGAUGGUGCAGGUGGGACACAGCCUUCAUCUGCACCACAACCUUUUGAUGCUACUCAAAAACCUCCUUUGCCCAUCAAUAAAAUUGGAGCAAGCUUUGCAAGUACUAGACCAAAAGGUUUGGGAAUAUUUCCGGAGGAAAAACCAAAAUCCACAAGAGACGCUACUUUAGCUUAUCAGCAAGAAUUACAACAGCAGAUCAGGGAAAGAGAAGAACGCCGUAGGCAAGAAAAAGAAGAAAAAGAACACUAUGAGGCCAAAUUAGAAGCUGAAAUGAGAAAUUACAAUCCUUGGGGAAAAGGAGGGGGUGGAGCUCCUCUCAGAGACAAAAAAGGAAAUCUUAUAACGGACUUGCAUAUGAUGCACAAGCAAAAUGAAGAUGCAUACCAUAAUCCAGAGGCACGAGCAUAUGAAGAUAAAAGAGCUUUAGUAUCUGUUGACCUAAGUUUGGCCUCACCAAGACUUGAAAAUACAGAUGAAUCUACAAAUAAAACAGCAGGCUUUACAUAUACACAAACAUCCCCUUUUGCACGGGGUAAUGUUUUUGGAGAGCCCCCAAGUCCAGAACAUCUAAGGAGACAAGAGUCAUAUAAGAACUUCCUUCGUUUUCAGAUAGAGGAAAAAAGAAGAAGAGAAGAUGAAGAACGUGAAAAACGAAGGCUUGAAGAAGAAAGGGAAGAAAGAAAGUUAGUUGAGCAGAGAGCUAGAAUACAGAGAGAGUAUGAAGAGGAACUGGAAAAGAGGAGAAGGAAAGAAGAUGAGCAAAGAUUAAAAAAUGAAGAAUUAUAUAAAUUAGCUGAAGAAAGAAGGAAAGAAGCUGAAAGGAGAAAGAUAGAGGAAGAAGAAAAGAAUAAACAGGAUGUUGAAAUUAAAAACUAUUUUAUUGAUGAGAAGAUUUCUAGACAACCUUCUCCUCUUAUACCAACUCUUCAGAGUAAACCAUUAGUACAAGAAGGAAGAAAAGUUCUGAUGGAGAGUCGUUUGUCUUAUUACACACAGGAUGUCCCCAGAGCUCAAUCCCCGCCAGUGCCAGCUAGAAGAAAUCAGUUACGUGCAUAUGAAGAAAAAAAGAAUGUAAUAAAUGAACUUUCGGAGAUGAGAAAGCAGCUCCGCAGUGAAGAGCGACGACUACAGGAACAGUUGUUUAGAGUACACAGUGAUGAUGAUGAAAUGCCAGGGAAAGGGAAAAAAGAUAAACAGAAUUUGGAUGUAUUUGAAAUGGCCAGACUCCGCAUGCAAGCUCCAGUAAGGCGACCAUCUUCAAAGGAGAUUGCUGAUCCUAUUAAUCUACAGAAUUUCCGUGAAUUUAAUGAACUUAAAUAUAAAGAUUCAGAUACACGAGUAGAAACAAGACAUUUAUAUCCUGAUCCUCCCACCAAUAAUGAUAGUCUGGACAUUCAGCAGCUAGCAUUGCUAAGAGAGCAAAAAAAGAAACUUAAAAAAAUGAGGAGAAAUGCAGAAGGUUCCCUAGAUUUUGAUGAGCCGGUAUCUAGCAUCAGACCAAGAGACAAAGGAUUGAUUAGAGAUGCAGACUCAGAUGGACUUAUGAAAACAUCACUCCUGGAAUCUGAGAGUGCUUUUAUUGAUACGGAUGGUGAAACUUAUCCAAUUUUAGAAGAGCAUCACUACUAUACAACUCCUUCACCCCCUGUAUCGGCAAGAGAAAGAAGGAGAGAGAAGAAGGAUGAUGCUUUUUAUAGGGUGACUCCACCACCACAAUUGGACAACAGCUCUCUCCACUCAAAUUCUAGUCUCAAUAUAGAUCAAUUAAAAGUCAGAAAUGAAGAAAGACUGCAAAGAUUAAAUGAACUACAUAAGAAUGCCGCUCAUAUAGCUGAUGACAUUUCAUUGGGGAAUGGUGACGACAUCCUGAAGGAAUUACUUCCUAGAGAUGGCAGAAGAUCCAGUUCGAUUGAUUCUGUGGCAACUGAGCCAUGGCUUAGACCCGGGACUUCAGAAACUCUUAGAAGACUCAUGGCUGAGCAGUCAAGUCAAGCUAAACCAACUUCUGAGAAGAGCAUAACAUUCAAUUGGCAGGGGCUGUCAACUGCCCAUGGCUAAAUAAACUUGUUUUAAAGCUGUUUGUGCCUUUCAAAAGUUUCACUAUUGCACUUUUAUAUUCAUACUUGAUUGUGAAAACAAUUCCUACUUUGUUUAAUUAUUGAUACAUUACUGAUAACCUCUAAAUUUGGAAAUAUAUUACCACAGUAAAUUUUCAUGACAGCUUCAGAGUAUAGCUAAACAUAUAAUUUAGAGUACAUUUAAUGGUACUGAGGCAAAAUUUAUUUUUGGGUUAUUAUUUUUCUCUGAAAAAGUACCUCAAGACUUCUGCAAGAUUUGAGAAAUAUGACCUGAAUGUAAUCAAAUAAAAUACUGUGGCUUAUUGUUCUUAGACAUGCAAUAGACGUUUAGGGACUACCCAGAAUUUAAAUUCAUUGCUGCUUUACUUCUAGCCCACAAAUUUUAUCCAAUCAUUUGUUCUAAAAUGCUGUUUUUUUAAUAUGUAUAUAUGUGUUCCCAAAUGUCAAUAGUGAAUUCUAUAAAUGUAUUUAUGUUCAUGACUUAAGAUGACAAAAAUUAUAUUUUUAUCAUGAUUCUAAUGAAGUAUUUGUGAAGAUGGAUAUUUUGUGAAAUGAAUAAAUUGUCUUUAAUAAUUAAA